GACAAAGCAUGGCGCUGAUGAUACUAUCUUUUUACACAUAAGAAAAUUUAUUUAUUUUUUAAUUAUAAUCAAAAGUACUAUAUGUGUACCAAUUUUUGGAACAAUAUAAAGAUUAACAGAAAUAAUAACGUUGAAAAAUCUUAAACAAUUCUGUUUUUAAACGUGUACUGCUCCAAUUGGAGAUGAAAGAAUUUUAAAUCAGAUUGUACCUUCAUUGGCGUAUCUCUGAAUUUUUGCUAUUGAACACUUCUAUCCAAAAAGACAUGACAUUUUGACUAAUGAAUUUAUAAUCAGUUAAUAAGUCAGCAGAAAUGUAUUAAUUUUAAUAAAAAAAAAGAUACAUAAUUAUCAGAAAAUAAUCAAAAUAUAUAUUUUACCGAUAAUCAAAUUUCAAAUUUGAAAAAACAUUUGCCGAUCAUGCUCUAUAUGUGAAAUUACGCAUCUAUUGAAACAAGUCAAAUCUUCCCUUUAAUUAUCCGAUUAUUACGAAUUAGCAUACCAAAAAAUAUAAUUUGCCAGUCACUGCUUGAACUUAUCAAGAGCAAAGCGUAUACAUGUCACAGAGGCACACUUGUCGCGUCAAUUCUUAAUGCAUAACACAAUUCGAUGUCGCGUACGUGCAGCACGGGCGAAUUGUCAUGGUAUGGACGUACCUGGGCGUUACGCGAAAAAUACGCAUGCGCCAAUUCGAAAGGGCCAAUCAAAAUAGAGCAAUGCCACAGUAGAGGCAUUGGGGGGGCUCUUGGUGGCCUUGCGCGUUCUUCCGAUUCUGCGAAAGCUGAAGGCACGUCCAUUUUGUUAGUACGUACGAUCCCGGUUAGUCGACGCCGGUGCAAAAUAUAAUUCUCGUUUGUGACGAGUUCGUGUUACUCGAGUCGAGUAAGGGUUACAAAGCCAGUGGCUGUCUGUCGGCGGCGUUCGUAGAUUCGUGUCUGCGUAUCGUAAGUACAGAGAGCGCAGCCGACCAGUGUGAGAACCUACUUGUAGAUACAUCGCGCAAGAGGAAUUGAGGAGGUGAAAUCAUUGGAAAGAGAAUCGUUGUGCAGGGCCGCGAAACGCGUCGCGUACCCGGUUCGUCAUUAGUUUUCGUUUUAGCAAGAUGGCGGAACUACAGGGUACCCCAGUUGCCCAGGACGCCCUGUCCGUAGCUCAGUUGGAGCUCGGUGGAAAUCCGAAUGCCUUGGCGUUGCGUAGGCCAUUUGAUCCGGUGGCACAUGAUCUCGACGCAACCUUCCACCUUACGCGAUUCGCCGACCUGAAAGGAUGAGGGUGUAAAGUCCCUCAGGAGGUUCUUGGGAAACUCCUCGAGGGACUGCAGGCCGACGAUGGUAGCGCACAAGAUCAUGAGCAUGCCCAUUUUAUGCACAUGGCCAUUCCACGCAUCGGCAUUGGCAUGGAUUCCUCCGUAACUCCACUGAGGCAUGGAGGGCUUAGUUUGGUACAAACUACUGACUUUUUCUACCCAUUAGUUGAUGAUCCUUAUAUGAUGGGUAAAAUUGCUUGUGCAAAUGUUAUCAGCGAUCUAUAUGCCAUGGGUGUUACUGAGUGUGACAAUAUGCUGAUGCUGUUGGGAGUCAGUACAAAAAUGACUGAGAAGGAACGGGAUGUUGUUGUUCCUUUGAUCAUGAGGGGAUUCAAAGAUUCUGCUUUGGAAGCUGGUACCACAGUGACAGGAGGUCAGACAGUUGUUAAUCCUUGGUGUACGAUAGGUGGUGUUGCUUCUACUGUUUGUCAACCAAAUGAAUACAUUGUACCGGACAAUGCGGUUGUGGGUGAUGUUCUUGUUUUGACAAAGCCACUUGGCACUCAAGUUGCUGUCAAUGCUCACCAAUGGUUAGAUCAACCAGAUCGUUGGAACAGAAUCAAACUUGUGGUCAGUGAAGAUGAUGUGAGAAAAGCCUAUCAAAGAGCGAUGGAUAGUAUGGCCAGGCUUAACAGAAUAGCGGCUAGAUUAAUGCAUAAAUACAAUGCUCAUGGAGCAACAGAUGUUACGGGCUUUGGUCUUUUAGGACAUGCACAAAAUCUGGCCAAACACCAGAAAAACGAAGUCUCUUUUGUUAUUCAUAAUUUACCUGUUAUCGCUAAAAUGGCAGCUGUAGCAAAAGCAUGCGGUAACAUGUUCCAACUUCUUCAAGGUCAUUCGGCGGAAACGAGCGGUGGAUUGCUCAUUUGCCUACCUAGAGAACAAGCCGCUGCGUAUUGUAAAGAUAUUGAAAAGCAGGAAGGCUAUCAAGCAUGGAUUAUUGGUAUCGUAGAGAAAGGAAAUCGCACAGCUAGAAUAAUUGACAAACCACGAGUAAUAGAAGUGCCAGCUAAAGAAAAAGAUGGGGAGCUGUGGUAAAGAAUCAGAGACAGUGAUGAAAUUUUUUCUAUUUACUUUCAUGUGUUUAGGAGAAAUCACAUGCGACACAGAGAAAGCAUUUACAUAGAUCAACACUAUUGUACCAGAUUCAAAGCACUUACAUGUGCACCAUUAUUGCAAUGGACUAACUACAUAUUUUUAUCGGAUAAAAAUUCAACGAUAUACUUAUUUUUUUUUUGUCGUAGAUUAAAAGAAUGAAAUAUCUCAAUACUGAUUUAUAUUUAUGUGUUAUUUUUUUUAUUGAAGUUCUGUUCCAAGUAAUUUAGGAAAAUUCUAUUUUCUCUCGUUUUUUAAAACGAGCAUUGUCGAAAUCUAAAAAUAUUUUGCAAUAAAACAUUUAUAAGAUGUUCAUAAUAGUCUUUUUGAUAAUUAUGAACUCUUUUACUGGAAAGAAUUCGAUACAAAAAACAUGAAAAGGCAAUAAAGUAUUAAAAAACAGGUUUUUAGCUUAUCUUUUCUUUUUCUUUUUUUUUAAGAUUUAAAACUUAAUACAUAUUAA